UCUUUUACGUCCUUCGAUCAGCAGCAACAGGUUCUAAGUACAAAGAAAAUUCUUCAGCAGCCAUUAUACCUUCUACGCGCGGGUCGCGAACGGUUCACGAAGUGUUCGAUAAGCUACGUUCUAUUUUGCAUAUCUUAAUAUUUGUUGACACACUUACAAGGAAAAUUUAUAUUCCAUUUCCUUAAUUUAAAAAUGCCUGCACCAGAAGCUGAUUGCCAUAAUCGUAAAGCUAAUUUUAAAUUCAAUUAUAAACAUGAGGAGGCACGUAGAAGAAGGAGUGAAAUAUCUGUGGAAUUACGUAAAGCUAGAAAAGAUGAACAGUUACUAAAACGGCGAAAUUUGAAUAUAGGAAAAGAAUCACAGAAUCCUGUGAAUGAAAGUAACCUUUCACCAAUUUCUACAUCUAUAGAAGAAAUUGUUAAUGCUAUGAAAUCUUUGGAUGAAACAGUUCAACUCCUAGCCACGCAGUCAUGUAGAAAAAUGUUAAGCCGAGAAAAAAAUCCACCUAUAGACUGUAUGAUACAACGUGGAAUUGUUCCACUGUGUGUUAAAUUUUUGGAUUAUCAUCACAAUGAUGCAUUGCAAUUUGAAGCAGCAUGGGCUCUGACAAAUGUAGCAUCUGGUACAUCAGAACAAACUCAUGUUGUUGUUAAACAUGGUGCUAUACCAAAAUUGGUUGCAUUACUUAAAUCUGCAUCAUCCAAUGUUGCUGAACAAGCAGUGUGGGCACUUGGAAACAUUGCUGGAGAUGGACCUGUAACCCGGGAUAUUGUUCUUCGAUAUGAUGCUAUGCCACUUUUACUAGAAUUAAUUAAACCUGAUACAUCUGUAACAUUUACACGUAACAUCGUAUGGACAUUGUCAAAUUUAUGCCGUAAUAAAAAUCCUCCACCUCCAUUUGAAGUUGUAAGAACUGCUCUUCCAGUGUUAAAUCGUUUACUUAGUAAUAGUGAUAAAGAUAUACUUGCUGAUGCUUGCUGGGCUCUUUCAUAUCUUACGGAUGGUUCCAAUGAUAAAAUACAAGCAGUUGUCGAGUGUGGAGUUAUACCAAAACUUGUACAAUUACUUGCUUCAAACGAAGUGACAGUCUUGACACCAGCACUUCGGGCUGUUGGAAAUAUAGUUACAGGCAAUGAUCUGCAAACUGAUGCGAUAAUAUCAGCAGGUGGCUUGCAACAUUUGGGAUUAUUGCUACAACAUCAUCGUAUUAAUAUUGUUAAAGAGGCAGCAUGGACUAUAAGUAAUAUUACCGCUGGAAACAUGGAACAAAUUCAACAAGUUAUAAAUGCUGGAUUGUUGCCACCUUUGAUACGUGUUCUACAAUCUGGCGAUCUUAAAUCUCAAAAGGAGGCAGCAUGGGCAGUAACAAACUUAACUUCAGGUGGAUCUGUGCAACAGUUAGCCCAAUUAGUACAACUGGGAGUGCUUGCACCAUUUUGUAACCUUCUAGAUGCAAAGGAUUGGAAAACAAUAAUAGUUGUUCUUGACGGUUUAACUAAUAUUUUCAAUGCAGCGGCAAAAAUGGGGGAAAUUGAACGAGUAGCUAUUAUGAUAGAAGAAAUUGGUGGUUUGGACAAACUAGAAGCCCUUCAGAAUCAUGAUGUAGAACAAGUAUAUCAAAAAGCUACUGCAAUGAUAGAUACUUUCUUUUCAGACGCGGAUGCUGAAGAAUCAACAUUGACGACACCUACUGCAACUGAUGAACCAUUGGAAUUUAAACCAAUUGAGACAGCACAAAAGCAUUUCAAUUUUUAA